AUGGGUCGCUCGGGGAAGUUGCCCUCUGGUGUCUCGGCCAAGUUGAAGCGCUGGAAGAAAGGUCAUAGCAGCGACAGCAACCCUGCCAUUUGCCGCCAUCGCCAAGCAGCCCGCAGCCGCUUCUUCAGUUGUCCCUCAGGAAAGAGCAACUUGACAGUUGACGCUGUGAAGCUGCAUAAUGAACUGCAGUCAGGGUCCCUUCGCGUGGCCAAAAGUGAAGCCCCUGUGGUGGCCAUGGAAGAAGAGGUGGAGCUAGCUGUCACUGAAAAGUCCUCCUGCACCUUCCUAAGCGGCCUCUCCGACUGCACAAACGUCACCUUCAGCAAAGUACAGCGCUUCUGGGAGUCCAAUUCCGCUGCCCACAAGGAGAUCUGUGCUGUCCUGGCUGCCGUCACCGAGGUGAUCCGCUCCCAGGGAGGGAAGGAAACAGAGACUGAGUACUUUGCUGCACUGAUGACAACAAUGGAAGCAGUGGAGUCCCCCGAGUCUCUGGCUGCUGUAGCUUACCUGCUGAACCUUGUCCUAAAGCGUGUGCCCAGCCCUGUUCUCAUGAAGAAGUUCUCUGACACCUCCAAAGCCUUCUCGGACAUCCUGUCGGCUCAGACCAGUAGCGGCUCCACCUCAGCCCUCCGAUGGGUCCUCUCCUGCCUGGCCACCCUUCUGCGGAAGCAAGACCUAGAGUCCUGGAGCUACCCUGUGACCCUGCAGGUGUACCAUGGGCUGCUGAGCUUCACCGUGCAUGCCAAGCCCAAGAUCCGGAAGGCUGCCCAACAUGGAGUGUGCUCGGUCCUCAAGGGCAGUGAGUUCAUGUUUGGUGAAAAGGCCCCUGCCCAUCAUCCUGCUGCUGCUUCUACUGCCAAGUUCUGCAUCCAGGAGAUUGAGAAGUCUGGAGGCUCCAAGGAGGCCACCACCACGCUGCACAUGCUGACGCUGUUGAAGGACCUGCUGGCCAGCUUCCCGGAAGUCCUGGUCAAGAGCUGUAGUGAGAGUCUCCUCAGGGUCAUGACCUUGAGCCAUGUGCUGGUGACAGCCUGUGCCAUGCAGGCCUUUCAUGGCCUCUUCCAUGCCAAGCCUGGCCCGGGCACCCUGACGGCAGAGCUCAACGCCCAGAUCAUCACGGCCUUGUACGACUACGUUCCCAGUGAGAAUGACUUACAGCCCCUGAUGGCCUGGCUGAAGGUCAUGGAGAAGGCCCACAUCAACCUGGUCCGGUUGCAGCGGGACCUUGGACUGGGCCACCUCCCUCGCUUUUUUGGGACUGCGAUGACCUGCCUCCUUUCCCCACACUCACAGGUGGUGGCCACGGCUACCCAGAGCCUAAAGGAGAUCCUGAAGGAAUGCAUUGCUCCCCACAUGGCUGACAUUGGCUCCGUGACCGCCUCGGCCCCAGGGCCUGCUCAGUAUGUCUCCAAGAUGUUCAGGACAGUGGAAGAAGGCCUGACAUACAAGUUCCAUGCCGCAUGGAGCUCCGUGUUGCAGCUGCUGUGUGUGUUCUUCGAGGCCUGUGGACGGCAGGCCCAUCCUGUGAUGAAGAAGUGUCUCCAGUCCCUGUGUGACCUGCGCCUGUCCCCUCACUUCCCCCACACGGCUGCGCUGGACCAGGCUGUGGGGGCUGCCGUGGCCAGCAUGGGGCCUGAGGUGGUGCUGCAGGCUGUGCCUUUAGAAAUCGAUGGCUCUGAAGAGACUCUGGAUUUCCCACGGAGCUGGUUGCUACCUGUCAUCCGGGAUCACGCACAGGAAACUCGCCUUGGUUUCUUCACCACCUAUUUCUUGCCGCUGGCUAACACCCUGAAGAGUAAAGCCAUGGAGCUGGCUCAGGCGGGCAGCACUGUGGAGUCCAAGAUCUACGACACGCUCCAGUGGCAGAUCUGGACCCUCCUGCCUGGAUUCUGCACAAGGCCCACGGAUGUGGCCAUCUCCUUCAAAGGGCUGGCGCGGACGCUGGGCACAGCCAUCAGUGAGCGCCCAGACCUGAGGGUCACGGUGUGCCAGGCUCUGCGCACCCUCAUCACCAAGGGCUGUGAAACAGAGGCCGACCGUGCAGAAGUGAGCCGCUUUGCCAAGAACUUCCUGCCAAUCCUCUUCAACCUGUAUGGACAGCCUGUUGCCACUGGGGACACCCCAGCCCCUCGCCGGGCUGUGCUGGAAACCAUCAAAACAUACCUUACCAUAACCGAGCCUCAGCUGGUGAAUGGUUUCAUGGAGAAAGCCAGUGAGAAGGUGCUUGACCCAGCCAGCUCGGAAUUCACCAGAUUGUCUGUCCUGGAUCUAGUUGUGGCCUUGGCUCCUCACGCUGAUGAAGCUGCCAUCAGCAAGCUCUACUCCACCAUCCGGCCCUACCUGGAGAGCAAGGCGCACGGGGUGCAGAAGAAGGCGUACCGUGUGCUAGAGGAGGUGUGUGCCAGCCCCCAGGGCCCAGGGGCCCGCUUUCUGCAGAACCACCUGGACGACCUGAAGAAGACACUGCUGGACUCUCUGCGGAGCACCUCCUCGCCAGCCAAGAGGCCCCGAUUGAAGUGCCUCAUACACAUUGUGAAAAAACUCUCAGCAGAGCACGAGGAGUUCAUUGCCGCCCUUGUCCCAGAGGUGAUCCUGUGCACCAAGGAAGUGUCGGUGGGAGCUCGGAAGAAUGCCUUUGCCCUGCUUGUGGAGAUGGGCCACGCAUUCCUUCGUUUUGGCUCAAAUCAGGAAGAGGCCCUACAGCGCUACCUUGUCUUGAUCUACCCCGGCCUCGUGGGUCCAGUGACCAUGGUCAGCUGCAGCAUCCUGGCCCUGACCCACCUGCUUUUUGAGUUUAAAGGCCUGAUGGGGACCAGCAUGGUGGAGCAGUUGUUGGAGAACAUAUGCUUGCUCCUGGCUUCCCGCACUCGAGACGUCGUCAAAUCUGUACUGGGCUUCAUCAAGGUGGCAGUGGUGGUCAUGGAUGUGACCCACCUGGCCAAGCAUGUACAACUGGUGAUGGACGCCAUUGGGAAGUUGUCAGACGACAUGCGGCGACACUUCCGCAUGAAGCUCCGGAACCUGUUCACCAAGUUCAUCCGGAAGUUCGGGUUUGAAUUAGUGAAGGGGCUGUUGCCUGCAGAGUACCACAAAGUCCUUCUAAACAUCCGAAAAGCUGAGGCCCGGGCCAAGAGGCAGCGUACCUUGAACCAGGCUGCCUUGGAAGAGGAGGAGGAGAAGGAUGAAGAAGAGGAGCCUGCUCAGGGCAAAGGUGACAGCAUCGAGGAGAUUCUGGCUGACUCAGAGGAUGAGGAGGAAGAUGAGAAGCAGGAAAGGAGCCGGGGCAAGGAGCAGCGGAAACUGGCCCGGCAGAGGAGCAGGGCGUGGCUAAAGGAGGGUGGUGGGGAUGAGCCCCUCAACUUCCUGGACCCCAAAGUAGCCCAGCGCGUUCUAGCCACACAGCCUGGACCUAGCCGGGGCAAGAGGAAAGACCAUGGCUUCAAGGUCAGCGCCGACGGCCGGUUGAUCAUUCGAGAAGGAGAUGAGGGAGACCAGAUAGAGGAAGAGGAAGGUGCUAAAGGUGAGGAUGAGGAGGCAGCUGACGUGAUGGAAGAUGUGGGCUUCCGGAGUAAAAAACGCCAGAAGCUGAAGCGUCGCCAAGAGGCUGAUGAUGACGAUGAGCUGGAGACGCCCCCACAGUACCAAGCUGGAGGAUCUGGCAUCCAUCGGCCUUUGGCUAAGAAAGCUAUGCCUGGAGCUGAGUAUAAGGCCAAGAAAGCAAAGGGUGACAUGAAGAAGAAAGGGCGACUUGACCCCUACGCCUACAUCCCCCUCAACAGAUCCAGGCUCAACCGCAGGAAGAAAGUGAAACUGCAAGGACAAUUCAAAGGCCUGGUGAGAGCUGCCCAGCGAGGCUCGCAAGCAGGACACAAACUCCGCAGAAAGGAUCGCAGGCCCUGA